AUGGCUACGAUGCCAUCACCACCACACGUCGGAAACCACCGUCCAUAUCCACCUUUACUUCGCUCCACCACCACCAAAUACGUCACAAAAUGUCAGCUUCCUCGCCGACGACACCCCAGCUCUUUGUCUCAAAGCAUCAAUCGUCUCUGCCAAUUGAAAAACCUCACCGGAGCUCUGACUUUCCUCAACGACUCGUAUUCUCAACAGCCAGACACCGCGGAAGCAAUCGGUAUACUAUUACAAGCAUGCGGCGGCAACAACGACAUCGAAACCGGCCGGAAAGUUCAUCAACUGGUUUGGUCGUCGACACACUUGAGAAACAAUUUAAUCCUCAACACUCAGAUUAUUACAAUGUACUCUGUUUGCGGAUCUCCCUCCGAUUCGCGUUUUGUUUUCGAACAAUUAGAGAACAAAAACUUGUAUCAGUGGAAUGCAAUCAUUAGUGCCUACACUAGAAAUGAUCUCUGGUUUGAUGCAAUGCUCGUUUUUUGCCAGUUUUUGCUAACGGAACAUAUACCUGAUCGAUUUACCUUGCCGUGCGUGAUUAAAGCUUGUGUUGGAACUUCGAAUUUGCGAUUUGGAAGGGCGAUUCAGGGAAUGGCAGUGAAGAUUGGUUUAAUGUCGGAUGUUUUUGUAGGUAAUGCUUUGAUUGCUAUGUAUAGUAAGUUUAGAUUUGUUGAGGAUGCAGAUAAAGUGUUUGAGUUUAUGCCUAAGAGAAACUUGGUCACUUGGAAUUCACUGAUUUCUGGGUUUGCAAACAAUGGGUUUUCUCGAAAGAGUAUUGAUCUGUUCAUGGAGUUUCUGGUUGGUGAAGACAGUUUGAUGCCAGAUGUUGCUACAUUGGUAACCUUUCUACCUGUUUGUGGUGCCGAAAGAGAGGUUUCGAUAGGGCAAGCGAUCCACUCUUUGGCUGUCAAAUUGGGUUUGUAUCAGGAUUUGAUGGUUCAAAAUGCAUUGAUGGAUAUGUAUUUGAAAUGUGGGUGUAUGUUAGAAGCCCGGAUUAUUCUUGAUAAAAACGAAAACAAGAAUGUUGUUUCUUGGAAUUCCAUCAUCUGGGGUUAUUCUAGAGAAGGUGAAGUUGAACAAACAUUUGAAUCUCUUCGUCAGAUGCAAAUGGGCGGUGACGGUGUAAGGCCUGAUCAGAUCACAGUUUUGAACGUCUUGAAAGUUUGUUUAUAUCGUUCACAGCUGCUGAAAGUGAAGGAACUUCAUGGGUAUUCAGUUCGACAUAGGAUUGAAUCAGAUGAAUUGGUUGCAAAUGCUUUCAUUGCAGCUUAUGCAAAGUGCGGGUCAUCGUUGUGUUUGGCUGAGAAUGUUUUCAACAGCAUGAAAGAUAUAACGGUAAGUUCUUGGAAUGCACUUAUCAGUGGCUGUGCUCAAAAUGGUGAUCCUUCAAAGGCUAUAGAUAUAUUUGUAAAAAUGACAUCUUCUGGCUUCGACCCUGAUUGGUACAGCAUCGGUAGCCUACUUUUAGCAUGUGCAGACCUCAAGUUGCUUAGUUAUGGCAAACAAAUUCAUGGGUUUGUGCUCAGAAACAGGUUAGAAACCGAUUCACAUAUCAGUAAUUCAUUACUUUCAUUUUACAUUCACUGUGGGAAACCCUUGCUUGCAAAGCUCAUAUUCGAUGAACUGGAAAACAAGAAUUUGGUAUCAUGGAAUGUGAUGAUCACUGGUUACUCACAGAAGAAACAACCAAAUGAAGCAUUAGAUCUCUUUCGUAGAAUGAUGUCCAGUGGGAUCCAACCUUAUGAGAUUGCAACAAUGAGUGUGUUAAGUUCUUGUUCACAGUUGUCUACUCUAAGGCUGGGACAAGCAAUCCAUUGUUUUGCUUUAAAGAAAAGCCUCAUGAGGGACGUAUUUGUAAAUUCUUCAAUCAUAGACAUGUAUGCGAAAACUGGCUGCAUAAAAGCUUCCCAGAUCGUUUUUGACCAAUCAAAUAAAAAGCACGUCGGACUAUGGACCGUUCUGAUUGCCGCCUAUGCGAUUCAUGGUCGGCCAAAGGAGGCCUUGGAGCUAUUCUGUGAAAUGCAAAGAUUUGGCAUGAAACCUGACCACUUCACCUUCAUUGCCAUCUUAACGGCGUGUAACCAUGGUAGGUUAGUCGAAGAGGGUCUUAAAUUAUUUGAUGAGAUGCAGACUGUCCAUAAAGAAGAGCCAAAACUAGAACAUUAUGCGUGUUUGGUUGACAUGCUUGGCCGAGCAAACCGAUUUAACGAUGCUCUGAUGCUUAUUUCUGAGAUGCCUGAGGAACCCGAUGCUAAAAUUUGGAGUUCAUUGCUUAGUUCAUGUAGAGUUCAUGGUAAUAUGGAGUUAGGAAAAGAAGUUGCGGAGAAGUUAUUACAACUUGAGCCAAGUAAAGCAGAAAACUAUGUGUUGUCAUCAAAUCUUUUUGCUAGUUUCGGUAACUGGGAUGAUGUUAGAAAAAUCAGGCAAAGAAUGAAGAAAACUGGGCUUAAGAAGGAAGUUGGUUGUAGUUGGAUUGAAUUAGAAGGGAAAGUAUAUAACUUCCUUUCUGGUGAUAAAAUUCUUCCUGAUAUCCAUGAAAUGUGGAGAAGAUUAGAAGCGGAUAUCUACCAAUGUGGGUAUAAACCAGAUACAAAAUCUGUACUUCAUGAUCUAACAGAAGACGAGAAAGUAAAUAUUUUAAGGAGUCACAGUGAGAAGCUUGCUGUUUCGUUCGGCUUGUUAAGAACAGGUAAAGGGGUAAUGCUGAGGAUUUUCAAGAAUCUGCGCAUUUGUGAAGAUUGUCACAACGCCAUCAAGUUGGUGUCAAAGACUGUUGACAGGGAGAUAAUUGUGAGGGACAACAAACAUUUUCACCAUUUUAGAGACGGUUGCUGCUCCUGUGAGGAUUACUGGUAA